AUGUCGAAAAAAGACGUACCUGCAGGAGAGGAUCUUCUGGCAGACCUAGCAGAACUCGGACGCCUAGAUCAAGAGGGCGCUGGAGAAGGCAGCAACAAACCGCCAGUGGAGGGAAAGGAAGCAGAUGAAGCUGCACUAGAGGAAUUUGGUAUUCCAGAAAGGCCUAAAUCACUGGGAAGGUACACACCAAAGCCAGUAUCUACUUCAGCUACACCAACUUCAAGAGACUCCCCGAAACCUGCUGGCAAGGACACUAGCGAUGGGGCUCGCUCAAGCGAGGAGAAGAUGCGUAUGAGGAAGUCGGGAGAUAGUACUAGAUCGUUUCAUAACAGCUUCACGCCUGCAAGCUCAGAAGAAGCGCAACCAGAGGCCGAAAAGGUGGCAUCCUCACCACCAAAACAAAGCUCAGGCGGGUGGUGGAGCACCCUCACAUCCGCUGCCACUGGCGCUGUCAAGCAGGCUGAGGCACUGGCCAAAGAGAUACAGCAGAACGAGGAAGCGCAAAGAUGGGCGGAGCAGGUCAAAGGCAAUGUCACACAUCUUCGUGGCAUAGGAGGUGAGCUUAGGUCACGAGCACUUCCAACGUUCACAAACAUCCUCCACACCCUAGCACCACCAAUCUCCUCGCAUGAGCGGCUUCAGAUACAUAUUACGCACGACUUCGUGGGCUAUCCUUCCCUCGAUCGGCUCAUCUAUUCCACAUUCUCCCGCGUGAUGGCGCAAGUAGAGGGCGGAGAUCUAAUGGUCAUCCAGCGCGGGCAAGAGUCGAGUCAGCGACGCGGCUCAGACGCAGGCUACAGAGGCUCAAGCACCAGUGGGUGGAACGACGGACCGUGGUGGAGGCAGACAACGAAGGCGCGCAAUCUUGGAGCAGUUAAAGGACUGGUAGAGGGCACAAAACUUAGCCGAGUCGGUGCUGAAAGCUAUGCCACGGAGUAUUUUGCUGCCAAAGGUGGACUCGAGGCAGUUGCGAAACAGGCGACUGAAGAGUUAAGUGAAAGCAAUCCUGUUCGCAGCAGUGAUAUCUUUCUCGCCAUACAAGCAAUCAGCCAAGCGCCAACAAAGGAUUUAUUCAGUAGUCCGGCUACAGAGCUCAAGAACAGCGAGGACGGAGUUGCCGUACCAGAGGAUGAGACUGAGACGAUUUGCUUUGCUCUUUAUCUGCAUGAUCCCGUACAUGGCAUCACCUUCUCGACCAUCUCGCAAUCUUUGCCUGAGAAGUGGAUCGGCUGGCUUGAUGCAUCUGCCUCACCCGACACAGCCGAAUCGAUACUACCCGAGGAAAUUGCAGACAUAGUGAACAAUGGAGGAGUCGAUCCCAGAGAAUGGGUGGCCGAAUGGGUUGAAGAGACUCUAAUUCUGGGUGUUGGCAUGGUGGCACAGAGCUACGUUGCUAGGAGGAUGGGCGUUGGUCAGGGUGGGAUUGGUAAAGGCAAGGCCAGGCAAGAGGCUCUGGAUUCCAACGGCGGAGAAGCAGCUAGGGCAAUCUGA